CCCCCCUCUGGCAUUCGCAUUUCAAACCCAACCUCUCCUCUUCUUCUUCUUGUCCUCUCUUCCAAGAGGACCAAACUCCCGCACGGAACCCAAACCCAGCCGCACCACACGCGCCCUCCCGCCCGCCGCAUGUGCCGCCUCGGUUGAUCCAUCCAUCGGGCGGGCCGCCGCCGCCAGCGCCAGCCAGCCGCGGGGAGCAUGGAUCUCGGGCCGGGGUGGCCGCCCCUCCCGCCGUGGUGGCUCACGGCGCGGACGUGCGACGUGGUCCCCUCCGCGGGCCUCGCGGAGUGGGCCGCCUUCCUCUUCCUCUCCGGCUGCUCCCAGCGGGUGCUCCUCUCCGCGGUCGCCGCCGUCUUCCUCCCCGCGCUCGCGUGCUUCGCGGUGCACAGGGCCGUCUCGUCGCGGGGCCGGCGACGGGGUGGUGGGGCUGGGAUCGACGACGACGACGGCAAGCGGCCGCUGCUCGGCCGGACGGCGGCGGCGCCCGCGGUGCGGGUCGGGGCGGGGUACCUCGCCGCGCUCGCGGCGUCGGUCGCUCUCGCCGGGUUCUACGCCGUGCUGCUGGUGCUCUCGCUCGUGACGCGUGGCGCGGGGGCAGACGUGGUUGAGCCGGUGUUCCUGGCGCUGCAGUGCGCGGCGCAUCUCGCUGCGGCCGCGGUCGUCGCCCACGAGAAGCGGUUCCGCGCGGCGGCGCACCCGCUCACGCUCCGCCUCUUCUGGCUCGUGGCGUCUGCGCUCACCGUGCUGCUCGCCGGCUCCGCCGUCGCUCGCCUCGCCUUCGGUGCCGCCGCCCUCCCCGAUGACGCGCUCGCGAUCGUCGUGCUCGUCCUCUCCCUGCCCCUCCCCCUCCUCGCGAUCGCCGCCGCCACCGGCAUCACCGUCGUCGCCGCGGCGGAGAGCAGCCACGAGGGCGCCGAGAGGAACGGCGACGUCAAGGAUAACAAGAACGUGACGCUGUACGCGACGUCGUCGUGGCCAUCGCUGCUGACAUGGGCGUGGAUGAACCCGCUGAUCAAGCUCGGGUACCGCGCGGCGCUGGACCUCUCCGACGUGCCACUCCUGGCGCCAGAGCACCGGCCGGAGCGCAUGUACGAGCUGUUCCUGUCCAACUGGCCGGCGGCCUGGGCAACCAAGGACAACAACCCGGUCCGCCACGCGCUGCUCCGGUGCUUCUGGCCGCUCUUCCUCCUCAACGCGUCGCUGGCCAUGCUCCGGCUGACGGUCAUGUACGUGGGGCCGACGCUGAUCCAGAGCUUCGUGGACUUCACGUCGUCCUCGUCGCACCAGCCGCUGUGGGACGGCAUACGGCUGGUGCUGGCGCUGCUGGCGGCGAAGACGGUGGAGGCGUUCUGCAGCCACCAGUACAACUUCCACUGCCAGAAGCUCGGGAUGCAGAUCCGCGGCGCGCUCAUCACGGCGCUCUACCGCAAGGGCCUCCGCCUGUCGUGCUCGGCGCGCCAGAAGCACGGCCUCGGCAUGAUCGUCAACUACAUGGCCGUCGACGCGCAGCAGCUCUCCGACAUGAUGCUCCAGAUUCACUACCUCUGGCUCAUGCCGCUCCAGGUCGGGGUGGCGCUGGGCUUGCUGUACCUGUACCUGGGCCCGCCGGUGACGGCGGCGCUGGCCGGAGUUGUGGCGGUGAUGAUGUUCGUGCUGGCGGGGGCGCGGCGGAACAACCGGUACCAGUUCCGGCUGAUGACGGAGCGGGACAAGAGGAUGAAGGCGACGAACGAGAUGCUCAACUACAUGCGGGUGAUCAAGUUCCAGGCGUGGGAGGAGCACUUCCGGGCGCGGAUCGAGGGGUUCCGGAGCGGCGAGUUCGGGUGGCUCACCCGCUUCAUGUACUCCAUCUCCGGCAACAUCAUCGCGCUCUGGAGCGCCCCCAUCGUCAUCGCUGCCCUCGUCUUCGCCACCGCCGUCCUCUGCGGCGUCCGCCUCGACGCCGGCCUCGUCUUCACCGCCACCUCCUUCUUCAAGAUCCUCCAGGAGCCCAUGAGGAACUUCCCCCAGUCCAUCAUCCAGGUCUCCCAGGCCAUGGUCUCCCUCGGCCGCCUCGACUCGUACAUGACGAGCGGUGAGCUGGACGACGGCGCCGUGGAGCGGGGGCAGGCGGCGACGCCCGGGACGACGGCCGUGCGGGUGAGUGGCGGCGAGUUCGCGUGGGAGGAGGAGGAGGCGGCCGGCCAGCAGGCGGUGCUGCGCGGGAUCGACCUCGACAUCCGGGCUGGCGCGCUGGCGGCCGUCGUCGGCAUGGUCGGCUCCGGGAAGUCGUCGCUGCUGGGCUGCAUCCUCGGCGAGAUGCGCAAGAUCUCCGGCGAGGUGACAGUGCGCGGCAGCAUGGCGUACGUGCCACAGACGGCGUGGAUCCAGAACGGGACGAUCGAGGAGAACAUCCUGUUCGGGCGCGCCAUGCACCGGGCGCGCUACAUGGAGGCGAUCCGGGUGUGCUCCCUGGAGAAGGACCUGGAGAUGAUGGAGUUCGGCGACCAGACGGAGAUCGGCGAGCGCGGCAUCAACCUCAGCGGCGGCCAGAAGCAGCGCAUCCAGCUCGCGCGCGCGGUCUACCAGGACUGCGACGUCUACCUGCUCGACGACGUCUUCAGCGCCGUCGACGCGCACACCGGCUCCGACAUCUUCAGGGAGUGCGUCCGCGGCGCGCUCAAGGACAAGACCAUCGUCCUCGUCACCCACCAAGUCGACUUCCUGCACAACGCCGACACCAUCUACGUGAUGAAGGACGGCAUGAUCGCGCAGUCUGGAAAGUACGACGAGCUGCUCCGGGCGGGCAGGGACUUCGCGGCGCUGGUGGCGGCGCACGAAAGCUCCAUGGAGCUCGUGGAGAGCGCGGCGCCGGGGCCGGGACCGGGGCCUGCGCCCGCGCCCGCGCCGGCCGGCGAGCUGCCCCUCUCCCGGCAGCCGUCCGCGCCCAAGGAGGGGACGUCGAACGGCGACGGCGCCAUCAAGACGACGAAGGCGUCGUCGCGGCUGAUCAAGGAGGAGGAGCGCGCGAGCGGGCACGUCAGCUUCACCGUGUACAAGCAGUACAUGACGGAGGCGUGGGGGUGGUGGGGGUUGAUGCUGGUGCUCUCCAUCUCCGUGUUGUGGCAGGCGUCCACCAUGGCCGGCGACUACUGGCUCGCCUACCAGACCUCCGGCGACGUGUUCGAGCCCCACAUCUUCAUCAACGUGUACUCCAUCAUCGCCGGCGUGUCGGUGGUGAUCGUCACGGCGAGGGCCCUGCUCGUCGCUACCAUCGGCCUCGACACGGCCAACAUGUUCUUCAGGCAGGUCCUCAAAACCAUCCUCCACGCGCCCAUGUCAUUCUUCGACACCACGCCCUCCGGCAGGAUCCUCACCAGGGCGUCAUCGGACCAGACAAACGUUGAUCUGUUGCUGCCUUUCUUCGUCUGGAUGAGCGUGUCCAUGUACAUCACGGUGAUCGGAGUGGUGAUCAUGACGUGCCAGGUUGCCUGGCCGUCGGUCGUCCUCGUCAUCCCUCUGCUCAUGCUCAACCUGUGGUUCCGGUCAUACUACAUCGCGACGUCGAGGGAGCUGACCCGGCUCGAGUCGAUCACAAAGGCUCCGGUGAUCCACCACUUCUCAGAGACGGUGCAGGGUGUCAUGGUCAUCCGAUGCUUCGGGAAGCAGGAGAGUUUCUAUCACGAGAACCUCAGCCGGCUGAACGCCAGCUUGAAGAUGGACUUCCACAACAAUGGCGCCAAUGAGUGGCUCGGCCUACGGCUGGAGCUGAUCGGAAGCCUUGUCCUCUGCGUCACUUCAUUGCUCAUGGUCACGUUGCCGUCCAACAUCGUCCUGCCAGAGUAUGUUGGUCUAUCGCUCUCGUAUGGUCUGUCACUCAACUCGGUGCUGUUCUGGGCCAUUUGGUUGAGUUGCAAUAUUGAAAACAAAAUGGUUUCAGUUGAGAGGAUAAAGCAGUUCACAACCAUUCCAUCUGAGGCAGAAUGGAGGAUAAAGGACACCGCUCCAUCUGCAAACUGGCCGCACAAAGGCGACAUCGAUAUCAUUGAUCUCAAGUUUAGGUACCGGCACAACACUCCCCUAGUGCUGAAGGGCAUCACGCUAAGCAUACACGGAGGGGAGAAGAUUGGGGUGGUUGGCAGAACUGGUAGUGGGAAAUCAACGCUGAUCCAGGCAUUGUUCAGAAUUGUGGAGCCUUCUGAGGGGAAGAUAAUCAUCGACGGCAUUGACAUCUGCACAUUGGGUCUCCAUGAUCUGAGGUCUCGGUUCGGUAUCAUCCCCCAGGAGCCGGUCCUUUUUGAAGGGACGAUUCGGAGCAACAUCGACCCACUUCAGCUGUACUCUGACGACGAAAUUUGGCAGGCCUUGGAACGUUGUCAGCUGAAAGAUGCAGUGGCUUCAAAACCUGAAAAGCUUGACGCGUCAGUUGUCGACAAUGGUGAGAAUUGGAGUGUUGGGCAGAGGCAGUUGCUGUGCCUUGGCCGCGUGAUGCUGAAGCACAGCAGGAUAUUGUUCAUGGACGAGGCCACUGCUUCAGUGGACUCCCAAACUGACGCCGUUAUUCAGAGGAUUAUCCGGGAGGAGUUCUCAGCCUGCACCAUCAUCAGCAUUGCACACAGAAUACCGACAGUCAUGGACUGCGACAGAGUCCUGGUCAUCGAUGCUGGUCUAGCAAAGGAAUUCGACAGUCCUGCAAACCUGAUCGAAAGGCCAUCACUGUUUGGAGCAUUGGUUCAAGAGUACGCAAACCGGUCAUCCGACAUCUAGCCAGUGAUGAGAUGGACUGAUUUUUGACUAAGAAUUUGGGAGGGAAUAAGGGCUACGGAUGGCCACCAAGCUGAGCUAGUGCUCUCCACACUCUGAUUCUUUUCAAAUUUUGUGAGCAGUGAUAGCCAGUGAGUAGCAAGCAACGUGAAGGCACCGGGAAAAGGGAUACGAAGAACUCAGGUCUCGGUGUACUUUCCAGCACGUGCAUUGUGUACACUGAUAUGUUGUGUAAUAUGUAACAUUGUAACAAUGAUGAGAUGAAGCUGAAAAUUCAACUAAAGUAGUGUUACCAUGGAAAAUUUUCAAUCAGGAGAAGACGCUGGUAUCGUCACGUCAUGUACCCCUAGAUCGCUAAAUAAACUGAGUUUAUGGCCAUUAUUGAGGCCACAAAUAAAUGAAUCAAAUAUUAGAAA